AUGACCGCAGCGCUAGCAGAUGAAUACAACGAGGAUGCCAAGCGCGGAACAUCGUCUAUACGGCGCUCAACGGCGUCGUUUUCGGAGAGCGGGUCAGACUUCCUGAACAGUGGGGACCGGGAAAAGCUUGGCGACUCGACGCUGCAGCCGCAGCGGCGACUUUUCAGCUGGGUGCAUGGCAAGGACCUGCCGCCGGUGCCGGACGAGGAAGAGCGGGAGCGGUACCCGCUGUACCGUGCCAAUCCGCUGUCGCGGAUGAUGUUUUGGUGGGUGGUGCCUGUGAUCCGCGUCGGGUACCGGCGGACGCUGCAGCCGAAUGACCUGUGGGUCGUGGACGGGUCGCUCGGGGUGGACGAGAUGUACAAGAGGUUUGUGCGGCAUUUCAGGCGCUACGUGCAGCGGGCGGAGGCGCAGUACCGGCUGGAGCACCCAGAGGCGACGCAGGAGGAGAUACGUACUAACGCGCGGAUGCGCAACAACGACUUGCUGCGUGCGCUGUGUAUCACAUUCCGGUGGCCGUUAUUCUUGGCGUUGCUGAAUGCCGCAGUGACUAAUCUGCUGUCGUGCGCGCAGCCGUUGGUUACGAGGGCCAUCAUCCGUCACCUAGACCCGCACUCGCGCGAGUCUGUGGGUGUGGGAGUGGCGUAUGCGAUCUGCGCGUGUGUGUUGCUUUUCAUCAACGGGUAUUCUUUUAACCACAUGACGCAUCAGUCGAUGCGCACGGCGCUGCAGAUACGCACGGUGCUGACAAAGGCCAUUUUGGGGAAGGCGUUGGUGCUGUCGGGCAAGGCCAGGAACGAAUGGCCACCCGGCACAUUGAUAUCCAUGGCGAGCACGGAUCUUUCGAGAAUGGAGUUUGCCGUUUUUUUCCAGCCCUUCCUGCUUGUGUUUCCUCUGGUCUUGGCGCUGGGCGUGGCACUGCUACUUGUUACCGUGGGGCCAGUAGGGCUGCUGGGGCUGGCGGUGUUCAUCGUGGCUUUGGGUCUUGCGACUCUAGCGUUCCGGAAAAUGGUCAAGUACCGGGUUGCCGCAACGGUUUUUACUGACGCGCGGGUGACGCUGAUGCGCGAGAUUAUGAACAGCAUGAAGAUGCUGAAGUACUACUGUUGGGAGCGUGCUUAUGAAGAGCGGGUGACUGAUGUGAGGUACAAGGAGGUGCACAAGGUGCGGCAAAUGAUGAUUUUUCGAAGCAUUCUGGUGACUACUGCCGUUACGUUGUCGACGAUUGCCGGCAUGGUCUGUUUUCUGGCGAUGUCGCACCUGAACUCGGAGAACCGGAAUGCCGCCAAUGUCUUCUCCGCUCUCUCUCUAUUCCAGGCCCUGAGUAUUCAGCUGUUCUUUAUUCCAACGGCGCUCAGUACUGGCGCCGAUGCUAAGAUAGCUUUGAAGCGCAUACAGAAGCUGCUUUGGGCGUCCGAGCAGAGUCACCGCCAAGAUGAUUCUUCGGAUAAGCUUGGACCACUAGAUCCUUCGGUGGCAAUACAGGUUGAAAGCGCAUCUUUUGAGUGGGAGGGUCAGAAGGACUCUGAUCUCAAGGGCGCGCAGAAGACGGAAGACGACUCGGUGCAGUCUGAUACAGUUACUGUGCUAUCGAAAAAAAGAGAAGAAAAACAGUCUAGAGAGGAAGUAUUUAAAGUACCGUUCACUGGUCUUAACGAUCUCUUGUUUAGUAUCAAAAAGGGCGAAUUUAUCAUCGUUAUCGGCGCCAUAGGCACAGGGAAGACAUCCUUGUUGAAUGCUGUGGCUGGCUACAUGAAAAAGACUACCGGAAGCGUGCACGUGAACGGCUCACUACUAUUCUGUGGGGUGCCGUGGAUACAGAAUGCUACCAUCCGCGACAAUAUUAUAUUCGGGUCAUCAUUCGACCAAACCCGGUACGACGAGGUGGUGAAUGCAUGUGCUCUAGAAGCAGAUUUUAAGAUUUUCCCCGCCGGUGAUAAGACAGAAGUCGGUGAACGGGGAAUCACCCUUUCUGGCGGUCAGAAGGCACGUAUCAGUUUGGCCAGAGCUAUCUACAAAGAUCGCGACAUAUACCUGUUUGAUGAUAUUAUCAGCGCCGUUGACGCGAAUGUCGCAGCACAUAUCACCCAAAAAUGUCUCCUUGAUAGAUUACAAAAUCGGACUAGGAUUCUUGCGACGCACCAGCUGGCACUAGUCCAAGAGGCUUCGCGUGUUAUUUUUCUAGGACAGGAUGGUUCCUUCGACAUGGGUACCCCCGCGGAGCUACAUGAAAAGAAUUCUCAAUUCCGAAAUCUCAUGAGUUUGUCAUCACAAACAAAUGCUGAAGAGAGUGAGAUGGAGUCCAUUAGGAGCCAGUCGAAGUCGAAGAAGGCUUCUACGGCGCCCGUAAGCAUGCCCGACUUUAAUGAAGAGAUUGAUGAUGGUCGUAUAACUUCGAAAGAAGAGCGUGCGGUCAACGCCUUAAAAUUCAAAGUUUACAAGGAUUAUCUCAUGGCAGGGGAAAAAUCCUCUAAAAUGUUGAUAGUAACCGUGUUAAUAACUCUUGUUCUGAUGACAACAUUUUUCUCGCUGUUCAACUCUGUUUGGCUUUCCUUCUGGACAGAGUACCGGUUCCCGGGUAGACAAGACGCUUUUUACAUGGGGAUAUACUUCAUGCUGACGUGCCUAACGUUCAUAUUCACCAAUUUGGAAUUCACAUUUCUGCUGCAUAUCGGGCUAAGCGCAUCUCGCAGGCUCAACCUCAGCGCUGCUAAGCGCAUCUUAUAUGCUCCAAUGAGUUUCAUUGACACUACACCCAUGGGAAGAAUCCUUAACAGAUUUACGAAGGACACAGACGUUCUCGAUAAUGAGCUAACCGAUUCCACGCGUAUGUUUGUGUUCCAAAUGGCGAAUGUUGUGGGGGUAUUUAUCCUCAGCAUUGCAUACCUUCCCUACGUGGCCAUUGCCGUUCCGAUUUCUGUAUUAUUGCUUCUUUUCAUCGGAGACCAUUACCAGAGCGCGGGCAGAGAGGUAAAGAGACUAGAAGCCAUUCAGCGCUCGUUUGUGUACAAUAACCUGGGAGAGGUUCUCGAUGGCCUAGAUACCAUCCGGGCGUACAACGCGCAGUCCCGUUUCCUGCGGAAGUCGGACUAUUUCCUGAAUCGCACCAACGAGGCGGGGUACUUGGUUAUCGGCGCCCGCUGCUGGGUCGCAUUGACCACCGACCUGGUCGCCAUUGCAAUCGCGCUCAUUGUCACGCUUCUAUGUGUCACGCGUGUGAUUCACAUCACACCCUCUUCCGCUGGUGUGCUGCUCACUGUCGUUCUGCAAAUGCCUGCUUACUUCAACAUGGUACUGCGGGGAUUUACAGAACUCGAAAAUAACAUGAAUAGCACGCAGCGCGUCCACUACUACGCCACAGCCCUGCCACAGGAGGCGCCACAGUACCUGCCAGGUGCCGCCCCGCCGGCCGGCUGGCCCGCUGCUGGGGAAAUUGUCUUCCAGGAAGUCUCAUUUGCCUACCGCCCCGGUCUGCCACUGGCUCUCUGCGGCGUCUCUUUCCAUGUGCGUGCCGGCGAGAAGAUCGGCAUUUGCGGGCGCACUGGCGCUGGCAAGACGUCCGUGACCACGGCGCUCUACCGCCUGUCCGAACUCGAGAGCGGGUCCAUCAAGAUCGACGGCGUAGACAUUGCAACCCUGGGCCUCCACGACUUGCGCAGCGCCCUAUCCAUCAUCCCCCAGGACCCCCUGCUCUUCCGUGGCACCGUCCGCAAGAACCUUGACCCCUUUGCGGAGCACACCGACGGGACUUUGUGGUCCGCUCUUGUGCGCUCGGGCGUAGUACCUGCAGGCGUCGUGCCCACAUCCCAUAAGUUCCAUCUGGACCAGGAAGUCGACGAGGGAGGCGCAAACUUCUCGCUGGGCGAGCGCCAGCUGCUGGCCUUGGCCCGCGCCCUUGUGCGGAGCACCCGCAUCCUCAUCCUCGAUGAGGCCACGUCCUCUGUGGAUUACGCCACAGACGCACGUGUCCAGGCGCGCAUUGCCGCGGAGUUUCGCCAAGCCACAGUGCUCUGUGUCGCACAUCGUCUGCGCACCAUUAUCUCCUACGACCGCAUUCUAGUGCUGGAUCAGGGCCGCGUGGCCGAGUUCGACACCCCUUACCGCCUCUUUGCCCGCGAGGAUUCUCUUUUCCGUGCUAUGUGCGUGCAUACUGGCAUCUCAGCCUCUGACUUCGCGCCAGCCGCCGAUAUUCCGUCCCUGUAG